UCCCCAGCCUGCACAAAGCAGAGAAGGGUGCCUGUCGGUCUUCAUGGCUCUCCACUUAGUCCUGAGCUGAUUCCAGCCCCAGAGGCGUCAGUCUGCUCUAUAAAUUCCUUUGUGAAACCUGAGAGCCUGCGCUGCAAGGAGAGCAAAGAUCUUGGAGGGGUUACAGUUUCCCUCCACCCUAAAAGAUCUGCUUGUGUUGGCAGCAGAAGAGUCUGUUUUUCCAAACAGGCUCUUCCCUUUCUUCUGUGAAUUUAGUUCAGAAAACCCUGCCAGGCUCCUAAGCGGGAGAGCCAUUAGGACACAGUGAACGCAGGAUCUGGAAAUGACGUAAGAAGUCACCAGCUGGUCAAAUGUUAGAAAGCCCAUCUUUUGAAAGCAGCACACUGUUUCGGCGGCAGGACAGGAGGGACAGCGGGGACCGAAGCCAGCUGCUGCCUCUUGUAAGACUUUGGGUUUCACGGCUGGCCGGGGCUCUGGGCCCUGUGACCCCGGGGUUCAACGAAGCUGUUGGCCUGGAUCCCCGUGUGCCGACGGAUGCCACACUAUUGUCCUGUCACCAGAACUCUUCCUGCCCAGUUAGCAGUCCUUUUUCUACAGUGGAUUCCAGCAAAGGCGAGAAUUUGGGCAGAGAUCUUCAGAUGGGAAGGAGGGGAGAAGAAGCCGUAUCAAGAUCCCUAAGGUCUUGGGGAGUUUGGAAAAGCAUAUUCAAAAUGACUAUUGCUUUGAUUUCAUUUUGGCCUCAAGUUCAUCCUGACAUUUGUCUUCGUAUUAACAGAAGAUAUAAGAUUUUCAUGUUUAUCAAAUGGGAGUGUGUCUUUAAAAUGACUGGGCUGGUGAAGGCUUUAUGGACCAUUUCCUCCUCUAGAGUCUUUGGAGAAUCAACUGUGCCAUCUGCAUAUAAUGCUGCAGUCAUAAAUGUUUAUUUCUACCUUUUGAUUCAGUGGUUUGAAGACCUCAAUAAAAUUUUAGGGCCCCAGAGAUCAUUUUGCUCAAAGCUCUCCUUUGGUAACUGGAGGAUUUGAGAUCCUAAUUGGUGAGAGGACUCGCUCAACUAGACACAGGACAAGGCCAGGAUUAAAAGCCAGGUUCCCUAUUUCCUCAGCCCACAUUCUUCAUACUUACAUACUUCCCUGACCCUCCUUGGCUUUGUGGCAGAAGCAGCAUGUUCUAUUGUCUGCAGUUUCCUUUAAAUACUUCAGUAAAACUGUAAAGACUCCCUGAGGGCAGGGGAAUUUGUCUGCUGUGAACUUUGGUAUAUCUCAGCUCUAUAAAAAUGCCUGACACAUAAUAGGCCCAAAUAAAUAUUGAAUGAAUAAA